AUGGCGGGCUGCGCUGCGGUGGUGGCGGUGGUGCUGGCGGCCGCGGUGGCGGGGGCGCGGGCGGAGGGGCUCGUCGGGGUGAACUGGGGCACCAUGGCCACGCGCCGGCUGCCGCCCAAGGUGAUGGCCCGGCUGCUCAAGGACAACGGGUUCAACAAGGUGAAGAUCUUCGACGCCGACGAGACUACCAUGAUGGGGCUCGCCGGGACCGGCAUCGAGACCAUGAUUGCCGUGCCCAAUGACAUGCUCGCCGCCGUCGCCGCCGACUACCGCCGCGCCAAGGAUUGGGUCAAGAUGAACGUCACCAAGUACGACUUCCACGGCGGAGUCAACAUCAAGUACGUACGAGGCUCGCGGUUACUUCUUACUUGGUCGAUUUCAUCCGUCUUUUUCUUGCAACUGAUCUGUGUCUGUGAUCCAUCCAUCAGAUUCGUGGCGAUUGGGAACGAGCCGUUCCUGACGGCGUACAACGGCACGUACGACAACGUGACCGUGCCGGCGCUCAAGAACAUCCAGCGCGCGCUCGACGAGGCCGGCCACGGCUCGGCCAUCAAGGCCACGGUCCCGGUGAACGCCGACGUCUACGACUCUCCGGCCAGCAACCCGGUCCCGUCGGCGGGGAAGUUCCGCGACGACGUCGCCGCCACCAUCACCGACAUGGUCGGCUUCCUCAACCACAGCGGGGCGCCCUUCAGCGUCAACAUCUACCCCUUCCUCAGCCUCUACGGCAACGACGACUUCCCCAUCGACUACGCCUUCUUCGACGGUGCUCCUCCCAAGCCCGUCAUCGACAAGGGCAUCAACUACACCAACGUGUUCGACGCCAACUUCGACACGCUCGUCUCGGCGCUCGACAAGAUCGGGUUCGGGACCCUGCCGGUCAUCAUCGGCGAGGUCGGCUGGCCCACGGACGGCGACAAGCACGCCACAGUGCCCUACGCCGAGAGGUUCUACGCCGGGCUGCUCAAGCGGCUGGCCGCGCGGCAGGGCACGCCCCUACGCCCGCACACCCACAUCGAGGUCUACCUCUUCGGGCUCAUGGACGAGGACGCCAAGAGCGUGGCGCCGGGAAACUUCGAGCGGCACUGGGGCAUCUUCACGUUCGACGGCCGGCCAAAGUUCCCGCUCGACCUGCGCGGCAACGGGCGACCGGUCAUGCCGGCGGGGGCGAGGGGCGUGCAGUACCUGCCGCGGCAAUGGUGUGUGUUGAACCCCAAUGCCACCAACACGACGAAGAUCGCCGACAACGUCGCCUACGCGUGCUCGCGCGCCGACUGCACGCCCCUCGGCUACGCCUGCAGCUGCGGCGCACUGGACGCUGCCAAGAACGCCUCUUAUGCGUUCAACGCCUACUACCAGGCGCAGGGGCAGGUGCCGGCGGCGUGCGACUUCCAGGGACUCGCCUUCAUCACCCACAAGGAUGUGUCACAGCCCCCCUGCAAUUUUAGUGUACAGAUCACAGAGACGCACGCCACGGCGGUCACCACCAACACCACCGCCGCCGCCGACUCAUCGGCCCCCGACGCAACGACGACGCGAGUGACCGUCGCCAUGAUGAUGGCUUUGUUGUUUGUGCUGGUCUUGACAUGAGGACAGUGUUCGUGGUCUUGUAAAUA